GUGAACGCCAACCCACGCACCUCCAUCAGAGGCAGACUUGGGCUGAAGGAAGAGUGGAAAUGUGCUUCUGGAGAAAGCUUUCUGUAUUCUGGGUGUCAUUGUUCCCUCUACUCAGCCUGAUUCCCUUGACUGAGACAGAAAAACCCUCAACUCCAGACAGCAACGGCACUUGGAGUCCAGGGCAACUGACGGAAAUUCUACAUGUUCUCUCUGCAGAAGAGCCCACCCCCCUGAACCACUCAAGAAGCCUCAUCAGAACCCUGCUAGAGAAAACCGGGUGCCCAUGGAGGACAGACGGAAGGCAAGGAGAUUGCAAUCUGUGCUUCGAUCCAGAUGCCCUGUUACUAAUAGCUGGAGGAGAUUUCAAGGAUCAGCUCAGAGAGGAAGUGGUCCAGAGAGUUUCUCUUCUCCUCCUCUAUUACAUCAUUCAUCAGGAAGAGAUCUGCUCUUCCAAGCUCAACAUGAGUAAUAAGGAGUAUACAUUUUACCUACACAGCCUUCUCAGCCUCAGGCAGGAUGAAGACUCCUAUUUCCUUUCACAGAAUGAGACGGAAGAUAUCCUGGCUUUCACCAGGCGGUACUUUGACACUUCCAGAAGCCAGUGUAUGGAAACCAAAGUGCUGCAGAAAAAAUCUGGUAUCUCAAGCAGUGAUGGUGCCGAUGAAAAUACACUUCCUCAGUUGGCGGAGACAAUCAUUGCUUUGUCCCUCCAAGGUGUUUGUCUGGGACAAAGAAACUUGCCGUCCCCAGACUAUUUUACAGAAUAUAUUUUCAGUUCCUUGAAUAGUACAAAUACUCUCCAUCUAUCAGAACUAGACCAACUCCUCAAUACUCUCUGGACUAAAAAUACCUGUAUCAGAAAAGAUAGAAUCCAUCAACUUCAAAGGAAACAAAACAACCUAACAAUCCAUGAUUGGGCCUACCCUAAUCUAUCUGUAUCCGAGGACCCAGAAUCAGAUGACAGUCCAAUUUCCUGGGAUCAGACUUGCUUCUCUGCUGGACAAUUGGUGGAGAUAUUUCUACAGAACAAGCUUUCAGCCAUCUCUAAGGAGGACUUUAAGCAAAUGAGUCCAGGAAUCAUCCAGCAAUUACUGAGCUGCUCUUGCCAGCUGCCCCAGGACCAACAAGCAAAGCUGGCACCCCCCACUCCAGAGAAAUAUGGCUACAGCACCAUGGCAGUGACAGUGCUUACGCUGGGCUCCAUGCUCGGGACGACCCUGAUCCUUUUCCACUGCUGCGAGGAGAACUACAGGCUCAUUUUACAGCUGUUUGUGGGUCUGGCUGUUGGGACACUUUCUGGGGAUGCUCUGCUGCAUCUGAUCCCUCAGGUUCUUGGUUUACAUAAGCAGGAAGCCUCAGAGUUUGGACAUUUCCAUGAAAACAAGGGCCAUAUUUGGAAACUGUUGGGAUUAAUUGGAGGCAUCCAUGGAUUUUUCUUAAUAGAAAAAUGUUUUAUUCUUCUUGUAUCACCAAGUGCCGAGCAGGGCAUGUCACUGGUUAAUGGGCAUAUGGGACAUUCCCGCCAUCUUGCAUUCAACACUGAAUUAAGUGACCAGUCAGGCAGAGGCAAAUCUGCUUCAACUAUCCAGUUGAAAGGCCCAGAAGAUGCACAGGCAGCUGAAAUUCCUAUAGGCAGUCUGAACGCCCCCAACAGAAAAUGCAAAACCAUUAGCUUGUUAGCAAUAAUGAUCCUGGUUGGGGACAGCCUGCAUAAUUUUGCAGAUGGCCUAGUCAUAGGAGCAGCCUUCUCAUCUUCAUCCGAGUCAGGAGUGACCACAACAAUUGCUAUCUUGUGUCAUGAAAUUCCCCACGAAAUGGGAGACUUUGCUGUGCUCUUAAGCUCUGGACUUCCUAUUAAGAUUGCCAUCCUGAUGAAUUUUAUAAGUGCUUUAACUGCCUUCAUAGGACUGUAUAUUGGCCUCUCGGUAUCCACGGAUCCAUGUAUUCAGAACUGGAUCUUAACAAUUACUGCUGGGAUGUUCUUAUAUUUAUCCUUGGUGGAAAUGCUUCCUGAAAUGACUCAUGUUCAAACACAGCGACCGUGGUUCAUGUUUCUCCUGCAGAACUUUGGACUGACCCUAGGUUGGCUUUCCCUCUUACUCUUGGCUAUAUAUGAACAAAAUAUUAAAAUAUAA